CUUGUAUCACUAAACCCACCAUCACCGAACAAUUGUGACAUUUGAGGUUCAACCUUUAGUUUAGACCAUUAGAGAAACAGCGUGUAACUAGAAAUGGCUAUAAAUUGCUUGAGAGGAGUGCCCAAAUUCCCAUUUCCUACAAAACCCAAAAGAAGCACAACAAACACCCACUUCUUCUUUUUCUCCUCCUCUUCAAGAAAAAUUUCUCUACUUGUAUCAACAUCACCCACUUGUUCAUUUUCCCCAAUGUCGUACGACAAAGACCUUGCUGCUGCCAAGAAAGCUGCCUCUCUCGCUGCUAAUCUCUGCCAGAAGGUGCAAAAGGCGCUGUUGCAAUCGGAUGUUCAUUCAAAAUCAGAUAAAAGUCCUGUUACCGUGGCUGAUUACGGUUCACAGGCCAUUGUCAGUUAUGUCUUGGAGAAGGAGCUUCCUACCGAGUCGUUUUUGCUAGUUGCUGAGGAGGAUUCAGGAGAUCUUCGCAAGGAAAAUGGCCAGGAAACGGUACAACGCAUUACGGAGCUUGUAAAUGAUACUCUUGUUGUCGAGGAAUGUUAUACCGCUGCUGCAUUGAGCACGGAAGAUGUGCUUAGGGCCAUUGACAGUGGCAAAUCUGAAGGCGGUUCUUCUGGCCGACACUGGGUUUUAGAUCCCAUAGAUGGUACCAAAGGGUUUCUUAGAGGAGACCAAUAUGCCAUAGCACUAGCUUUGCUGGAUGAAGGGAAAGUAGUAUUGGGAGUCCUGGCUUGUCCAAAUCUUCCUCUGACAUCCUUUGGUGCUAACAAGCAGCAUUCUUCAGAAUCAUCAAAUGAUAAAAUCGGUUGUCUUUUCUUUGCUAAAGUUGGUGAAGGAACAUAUAUGCAGUCGCUUGAUGGUUCUUCACCAAUAAAGGUGCACAUUAGCGCUAUUGAAAACCCUGAAGAAGCAUCGUUCUUCGAGUCUUUUGAAGCAGCACACUCCUUGCAUGACUUGUCUAGUGCCAUUGCUAAGAAGCUCGGUGUCAAAGCACCACCGGUUAGGAUUGACAGCCAGGCAAAAUAUGGGGCGCUUUCCAGAGGAGACGGAGCCAUAUACCUCCGUUUCCCUCACAAAGGAUACCGUGAGAAGAUAUGGGAUCAUGCUGCAGGAUCUAUUGUCGUGACCGAAGCCGGUGGUGUGGUCACGGAUGCUGCAGGGAACCCAUUGGAUUUUUCGAAAGGGAAGUAUCUUGAUCUUGACACGGGCAUUAUUGUUACUAACCAGAAAUUAAUGCCAUCACUAUUGAAGGCUGUAAGAGAAUCAAUUCAAGAGAAAGUUUCAUCCUUGUGAUUCUUUUCAGAACCUUGUGAUUCUAAAGCACUCAGUUUCAAACUCCCGGGUGACAACGAAAUGUGCAUUUUUUUCUUGGCCCGUUUUGGAACCAUCGGAGAACUGAGGGGAAAUAGGUGGGCGUUGUUUGAAUGUAAGCCUAGUGCUGUCCAAACUCAUAAAAUUUGAAU